AAAUAAAAUAAAAUAAAAAAAAAAGACGGACUCUCCCACGCCUAAUAAACAUACAGUAACAACAACAAAAAACAAGAAAAAUGUCCAGCCAACCAACAGCGCAGCAACCAUCUCAAACCAACAACAACGUCAGUAUAGAGACUGCACGUCUUACACUCGAUCCACCCGAUGCAAAGGACGAUCAGGCUAUGGGCGCCAUGCUUUCAGACCCCGAAACCAUGGUCCAUCUUCAAUUCAUGGCCAAAUCCUGGCAAGGUGGUUGGACUGCCGAGGAGCUCAUCAGUCGUCGCGAAGCUCAAACAAAGGCGAUAGAGGAAAAACGUGCAUCCACAUUCUAUAUCCAUGACAAAUCCACGGGCGAAUUAGCAGGUGUCAUGGGCGCAAAUACUAUCAAUACCCGGGACCGCAACGCAAUUGUGGGCAUCAUUCUUUGGAAAAAGUAUUGGUCUGGUGGUUAUGGCACCGAAGCUCUGUAUGAACUCAUGCGUGGUCUCUUUGAAGAUCUCAAAAUGCAUAAGAUUUUGUAUGAGACAGCACAACACAAUGUACUCAUGCGCAAGUUCCUGGAACAAACAUGCGGCGUGCCCUUGGCCUAUGUCCGCAAAGAAGAAGUGUGGUGUCAAGCAACUAACAAGUGGGUCGAUCUUUGGCAGUACGAAAUCUUUGAACAUGAUUGGCCUCGUAUCAGCGCCAUCUUACUCGAAAACCUGAGGCGCGGCGCUGCCAAGCACGCCGCAAAGGCUUAGAGUUAUAUAAAUAAUGACAAUAAAAAAAUAUAUUAUACACUGAGCCAACUAUUGUACAAAAAGUAAAAUAUAAAAAAGGAAGAAAGGAG